CCCUGUUUGGAUGCUCGGUCGGAUUUCUUUUUGCACACUUCUUAAUGUUUACACGAACUCGGAGCUUUUUUGAAGAGCAACAUUCGUAAAUAAACGGGUCGUUUUAUUCUCGGUUCGGGGCUGGAAGUCGGUUAUGAACUGAACUAUUUCCGAUGCUGUUGGCCGAGUAGGACCAUGCAGACUUUGUUCUUCUCUGCAGUCCUGCAUCUUUUUGGCUUCCUGGUUGGACUGAGCAGCUCCCUGGACCCCAGAGACCCCAAUGUGUGCAGUCUGUGGGAGAGCUACACCACCUCAGUGAAAGAGUCCUACUCCCAUCCUUACGACCACGUGACGGAGGAGCCGUGCUCGGACCCCCGGACGUCUUACAGAUGCACUCGUCACAGGAUCACCUACAAAACAGCCUACAGGCAGGCAGUGAAGACCCAGUACCGCAGGAGAUACCACUGCUGUCCCGGCUACUACGAGAGCGGAGACCGAUGUGUUGCUCACUGCAGCAAGGAGUGCGUCCACGGUCGCUGUGUUGCUCCAAACCGUUGCCAGUGUGAGAAAGGAUGGCGGGGUGACGAUUGUUCCAGCUCCUGCAAUCACAAACACUGGGGUCCAGACUGCCGUCAGGAGUGCAAAUGUGAGAACGGAGCUCUCUGUGAUCCUGUGAGCGGAGCCUGUCAGUGUCCUCCAGGGUUCAUCGGACUCUUCUGCGAGGACUCCUGUCCGGCGGGGACCUUUGGGAAGGGCUGUCAGCAGAAGUGCAAGUGUGCGAAUGGAGGAUCCUGUGAUAAAGCAUCUGGAGAAUGUAGAUGUCGCAAUGGCUCCACCGGGACUUUCUGUGAGAAGAUGUGUAGAAAGAAAUGCCAGCCGCGAUGCCCCUGCCAGAAUGGAGGCCACUGUAAGGGCACAGGGGUCUGCACCUGUCCGUCUGGAUGGACGGGUGCGGUCUGCACGGAACAAUGUCCUGAGGGAAGGUUUGGACAAAACUGCACAGGGGACUGUGUUUGCCACAACGGUGGUAAAUGUGACCCUUUAACUGGACACUGCCAGUGUAAUGAAGGUUUCACAGGCAACAGGUGUAAUGAGGAGUGCACUGCAGGUACUUACGGUCAGGACUGUAAAGGUGUGUGCGACUGUGCUAACGGCGCCCGCUGCUACAACAUCGACGGCGGUUGUCUGUGCGAGCCGGGCUUCAGCGGCCCGCAGUGCAGGAACCGGAUGUGUCCGGCCGGGAACUACGGCAUGCACUGUGAACACACGUGUCUCUGUGAAGAGAAACACACUCUGAGCUGCCACCCAAUGAAAGGAGAGUGCACAUGCCAGCCGGGCUGGGCGGGUCUGUUUUGUAACGAGACGUGUCCCCACGGUUUCUACGGUCACGGCUGUGUGGAACCGUGUCUGUGUGUGAACGGAGGCAUGUGUGACAGCGCCACAGGACGAUGCCAGUGCCCUCCCGGCUUCAUGGGUGUUCACUGUGAGAGUCCCUGUAAAAGUGGCACCUAUGGGAAGAACUGCUCCCUGGAGUGCUCCUGUGAAAACUUCAUAGACUGCUCACCAGUUGAUGGAGCGUGCUUUUGCAAAGAGGGCUGGCGAGGGUCAGACUGCUCUGUCCCCUGCGCUGAGGGCACCUGGGGCCCAGGAUGCAACGCCACCUGUCGCUGCACCAACGGGGCAAAAUGUGACCCAGCAGAUGGAUCAUGUAAAUGCCCAGCUGGAUGGCAGGGGGCGCUUUGUGACCAGCCAUGUGGUAUGGGCACAUUUGGGCCGGGCUGCCUGAAGAGGUGCGAUUGUGUCCACGGCAGCGGCUGCCAGGCGACCAACGGGGAGUGCCACUGUCUGCCAGGUUGGAUGGGCCCCCACUGCAGUGAGCCAUGUCCAGAGGGCCUGUGGGGCCCCCACUGCAACCACACCUGCUCUAUGCACUGUCCCAACAGUGAUACUUGUUUAAGGAAAACUGGGGAGUGUGUGUGUCGCCCAGGGUACUGGGGCGCCACCUGUCAGAACAACUCCUCAGAACAGGCGGGGAGCGUCAUGGUUCCUCUUCCCCCGGGUGAGAAGGAGUCGUGGGGGGCCAUCGGAGGCAUCGCUGUGCUCGUCCUGCUGGUGGUCCUGCUGCUGGCUCUGCUGCUUCUCUACCGCCGCCGGCAGAAGGACAAGCAGAACAACACACCAACCGUGUCCUUCUCCACCAGCCGCACCGUCAACUCAGAAUACGCUGUUCCAGAUGUUCCUCACAGUUACCAUCAUUACUACUCCAACCCCAGCUACCACACACUGAGCCAGAACAGGCCUCCCCUGCCACACCUCCCCAACAACCACGACCGCAUCAUCAAGAAUACCAACAACCAGCUGUUCUGCAGCGUCAAAAACGCAGCGAGGGAGCGCCGCGGCCUGUUUGGGGUUGAGACCAACGCGACCCUGCCUGCGGACUGGAAACAUCACGAGACCCGCAAAGACUCAGGAGCGUUUGGCAUCGACCGGAGCUACAGCUACAGUGCCAGCCUCGGAAAAUAUUACAACAAAGAGCUGAAGGACUCUGUGGCGGUGAGCAGCAGCUCUCUGAACAGCGAGAAUCCGUACGCCACCAUCAAGGACCUGCCGGGCCUGCCGUUCUGCCCUCCAGAGAGCAGCUACAUGGAGAUGAAGUCGGCCGUGCCUCGAGAUCGCGCGUACACCGAGAUCAGUUCCCCGCCAUUCAGUAUGGCCACGCUACGCAGAGAGCGUCAGAGCUCCCUCGGCCACGAAUCCCAUGAAGACCCCCAGAGCCACUAUGACCUCCCUGUGAACAGCCACAUCCCCGGACACUAUGACCUGCCUCCAGUCCGCCGGCCUCCCUCUCCCCGGCCCGCCCCGAGAAGAACGUUUCAGUGAGAGGAGGGGUGGCAGAGCAAGUUUAUCCCCCUUCCUUUGGGGACGAUAAAGAAGAGCAGACUGUUUGCUCUUCACCUAUAAACUCAGUAGGUCCUGUUGGUGCCCUGGUUGAGAGCAGCAAUGCCCUCCUGUGGGCAUCGGAUGGUACUGUUGUCACCAGGACAGACAUCCAGAGCCAGCAGGUGAGAAAAGCUGGUGACAUCAGAGGGGCUUCAGCUGCUUCUAAACCUUUGGAAAACUGGGAAGUGUUUUCAGUUUGUUUUUCUAAAUUUGUUUAGGUAGAACACAUUAAUAACAAAAAAGCUUUGCAGCCGGCAGCUUCUCAUGAACUCUUUUUGGUUUUGCUCUCUUAAGAAAACUGAAGAAAAGCAUCAAUCACCAGAAUUACUGAGUCAGUCUUGCUCCUAAAUGUGGCUUCCUUCUGCUGCCGGAUGAAAACUCUGUAAAUAUGGACGUAAAUAUGUCUUCAACAACCAGCUUUCUUUAAAUUGUUCCCAGGACUAUUGUUGAUUUGCUCAUUAACAGAGGAGUGUUGUAAAUAAGCGGCUCUCUGUGCUUACAAAUUAACUUUAUUUCAUAUCUCACAGUAUUUAAAGAUCCAUUAAGUCCAAAUCUCUUUCCUUACUACAUCUUAAGUCCCAGUUGGAGAGGCGGCGGCUGGAAGGAGACGAAGACUCCUGUUGAGACCUUGAUGCCUCUGUUUUCUUUGGGUUAACAUAAAGUGGGAGAUUUAAAGACAGUUCAGAUGUUUAAAAGGAUUUUAUCUAACAUCUAAUUUAUGCAAAGAGUUGAUAUUUUCUGGAGUGAUGCUCGUUCUUCUAUCAGUGACCCAAUCUUGUCUGCUAAGUGCUUGGACUUGUUCCCAGUUUGUUGGCUUUGGUUUCUCCACCUUUUCGGAUAAAUAAUCCCAGUUUGUCAGGGUUGAUUUGGGGAGUUUUCUGACCAACAUUUGAAGUCAUUUUGGCCCUGUGAUAUGGUGCUCGAAGAACCUAAGACCGUCAGAGGAUACUUCACUGUUGGCACCACACAGUACUCAUGAUAGUUUCUUCUCUAGAAAGCUUCUUUUCAGAAUCUGUUCUGUCCUUAAUGGUUUGGACAGAAGCUUUGCUCAUUUUCUUGGCCUUCACCUCACCGUCUGUGCAGCUGCAGCCAAUAUUGUGCAAGCUCUGCCCUGAUGGUAACCUGAGUCUGAAGGACCUUCAUGAGGAGCUCGACCAGAAGUUUUCCUCUCUGGAGCUAGGAAUCAUUUAGCUUGAAGUGAAAAUAAUCUUCCUGUUACAUUUUUGUCAUAUUUCUUAAUGAAAGAAGCAACAAUAAUCAGUUUUCAAACUCAACUCAAUAUAAACUGUUCAUUUACACAGUGUUUAGGAGCCUGAACAAAGGAACAUAAAGAUGUUUCAUCAGAUAAAGGUCUGUUUAUCAUACAGCUGUACCUCCCUUCUUCGGUUAGAUCAACCCUGAACCCUAUUAGGACUUUUGUCCCAACGUUUUGUGAUCAUUUUGGUCGUUCUACAGGAUGUUACUGAACUUUUAAUUUCAGUAAAAUGUCUUUUACACCCUGAAGCAUUUCACUCCUUCUAGAGGGCUUCAUGGCAAAAAAAAAAAAAAAGUGCUCAUUUUUUCAUAAAUGACUUCUCAAACUUGCUCAAAGCUGUCAAACAUUCAGUCCUUUUCAGGAUUUUAUCCCUUUAAAUUUGAUGCAAUAUAAAAUAUAUUUUCCACAUUUGAAGGGGAAUUGGGCUUUGACAAAAGGGGCAAGUCUUGGAUAAGCCAAAGAUCAGCAACAAAAUAUAGUUGAAUAUUUAUGUAGUACAUAUGUAUGCAUGUAUGUAGUGUCGACACCAUCAUGUCCAGGAAUGGCCUUAUUGACUUCCAUCCAUAAAAACCAUAAAUGCUUUAAUGUUAGUGUUGCAUUUUAAUGGACCUCUCAGCAGAUGCACAAAACCUGCAUAUUGUUGCCAGUCAUGGAGCUGUGCGACUGGGAGGCUGCAGAAGCUUUGCUUUGAGCAUGUACGUUAUUUGCCAUGAAGUUGUCCAGAGACUAGAAGUGACACGGGUUGCCCUCUUCACCUCUGCCAACUGACUUUGGUAGCCCGGUGGAGUCAAGCCAACCUGUUUGUAGACCUUUCUUGACGUCUUCAGCUGCUUCUAACCUGCAGAAAAUGUUUGAUUUCUCCAAUUCCACCUGAAUGUACUUUAUGCUGUAAAUAUUCAUGUUUUUUAAAAACAUUUAAUCUUGUAUUUCUCAAUGUAACUGUGGGUACAUGUAUGUGUUUUUAUAAUGCAAAUAAAAAUGUUCACACUUUCA